UCUAUGAGCAAAUGACGACCCAUCCGAGUUCAACACUUCAGGCAAACAGGGAGGGUGAAUCAGCUACUCUGCUCAUGCGACGCUCACAGAGCGGGUAUAAAUGCGCUAGCCUGGAAAUCCAGACCCACAGUGCACCAGAUUACUCCGAAAUGUUUUGCUGGGGAGAUGGGUCGAGAGGACAGCUGGGUUCACCACCGUCAAAGGAUUUCAGAAGUUUUCAUGAACCACAACCUGUCGUAUUUGGCUCAGGACCCAUUUCUGAAGUUUCCUGUGGGGAGCAGCAUACCAUUUUUCUCACGGCUGAUGGCCGAGUCCUGUCAUAUGGUCGCAAUAAUAAAGGACAACUGGGAAGAGGGAAAAACAAAGAUUCUAAAGUGGUCGAUGGUCUGGCGGGAGUGGCGGCAGUAGCAUGUGGUCAGGAGCACUGCUUGGCCCUCUGUGCGUCUGGAGAGGUCUACUCAUGGGGUUGUGAUGAUGAAGGACAGCUGGGGAUAGGCUCUCAGCAGUCAAAGAUGUCUCAGCCACGAUGUGUUUCGAUACAAUCUCCCUGGCCAAUAUUGAUCACACAGGUUGCUUGUGGAAAUAUUCACUCUUUGGCUCUUUCAACAGGAGGGGAGGUCUUCUCAUGGGGUAAGAAUAGCCAUGGUCAAUUGGGUUUAGGGAAGGCAGUGGAUAUUCAGGCCACACCUUUUCUAGUUUGUGCACUUUUGGGGGUGCCAGUGACCCAAAUCUCGGCUGGAGGAGCCCACACCCUGGCCCUCACACUGCAGGGACUGGUUUACUGCUGCGGGGCCAACAGUGCAGGGCAGCUGGGCCUCAAAAGGGUGGAUGAGAGAGGUCGCUUUGGGAUAUGCUCAGUGCCCGCCCUCCGACUUCUAGACAUCAAGGUGAUCUGUUGUGGAGAAGCACACACUGCUGUUCUCACCAAGAAUGGUGAUGUUUACACUUUUGGAGAGGGAGCUCAAGGACAGCUUGGACACAGCUCCACAGCCAAUGAGCUUCUACCCAAGAGGGUGGAAGGCCUAGAUGGACCAGCCUCACAGAUAGCCUGUGGCAGCCACCACACCAUGGUAUUGGGAUCCGGUAAUCGCCUCUGGGCCUUUGGCAGUGGAGUGAAAGGGCAGCUGGGGAAUGGCCGCUCAGAGAGCAGUACUCAGCCCACCAUGGUGGAACUAACCAGGGCCGGUGUGGAGCCUCGAGCCCUCCCUGAUUUCAAAAUAUCAGCGGGGUGGAAUUCCAACUUUGUUUUCUUCCCACCUGAACAGGCAACAUCAGAACUGCAACCAGUUGGAAAACUCAAUCAAGCCCAGCUACAGACAUGGCUAACAAAGCCCUCUAGUGGCCAGAACCCUGCAGAGGCCGAAAGAAUCUUCACGCAAUUUUCAUCAUGUUCAAGACUUGUGGGCAGUUUCACUAAGGACAUUGAUUCUCAAGCUAUGAUGUCAUCAAAUUCUGUGAGAGUGGACUUACAUGCUGCAAGCGAGGCAUUUGACAAACUGCUACAAGUCGCUUGGAUCCGUAAAGCAAUAGACAUCAAACCAGUGGUGGAACACCUUUGUGUUUUCUCAUCAGCUAUGAAGGCAGCAGACAUUUUCCUACUCCUUCCUGUCUGUCCUCUGCUCCAAGAGGACCAGAAUGUGAUCAAUCUUGUUCUGCCACUUGCAGUGGCCAUAACUAACCUGGGUGACUCUGUCAUGGAAACUCUGCAGGGCUGGUGGGGGUCCAUGGGUAAAGGCAUGAUGUCCAAGCACAUCCUGGUGUGGAAACACGCACUGUCCUUCCUCCUGAGGGCCAAUCUCCUGCACCACUACAACCCUGGUGUGAAAGCCACUCUCGAGGUUCUCAAAUCCCUUCACAGGGCAAAUAAGAAAGCUAAGAAAUCUCUGCAAGUUUCUAUCUCUGAGUUCUACAUAGAGGAACUUGGCCAAAACCCUAUUAUGCUUCAGCAAGAUGUGACAUUAUGGAGACAAAUUAAAUGGUCACAAGUGCAGGAAGUGCCACUGACACCUCCCAUUUUCUGCCGUUUUCCAUUCCUCCUCGAUCUUAAGAGCAAGGUGCUGAUUUUCCAUUAUGAUGCUAGUGUUACACAGACGACUCACCACUUCAUCCAUCAACAAGUGCUCAAUGGUGGGGAGGCUUCUCAGUUCUUUACUGGGGAGGCUCCUACUCCAGUGCUCAAACUCAAAAUCAGGCGCACCCAUCUCCUGGAGGACACGUUCAGGCAACUGGCUGCUUCUGACCAUGACAACUUCCAAAAACAGCUUCAUGUCCAGUUUGUUGACGAGUCAAAACUGACUCUAGUGAACCAGAAGGAUUUUUUCCUUCACACUUUUGAUGAGCUGAUGGCACCUGACUUUGGCAUGCUCAUGUUUGAUGACACCAAAACUCUCGUCUGGUUCCCACCUCAGCCAAAACAUGAAGCCAAAACGUACUUCCUUUUUGGAAUACUUUGUGGUCUAGCCUUGAACAACAACAACAUUGUGCAUUUGCCUUUUCCUCUGGCUAUGUUCAAGAAACUUCUGGGUACCAAAGUGACAUUGGAAGACCUGACUGAGUUCAGUCCUGUGGUUGGAGAGAGUCUUCGGUACAUCUUGUACGACUAUAUUGAUGAUGACAUUGACAAUCUGGACAUGACGUAUUCAAUUACCUGGGGUGACAUCAAAGUGGAGCUGGAUCCAAAAGAAGAGGGAAAACCUGUGACAAGCAAAAACAAGAAGGAGUUUGUUCAGGCCUAUGUGGACUACACAUUAAACAAAUCAGUGGAGAAGGUGUUUGAAGAGUUCAAGAGGGGCUUCUUCAAAGUGUGUGCACGAGACGUUGUGGAGCUGUUUCACCCAGAGGAGCUGAGGGGGGUGAUGGUGGGGAAGGAGGACUACGACUGGGACACACUCAAACGGAACACAAUGUAUGAGGGAGGAUACCAUGGAAACCACCCAGUGAUUAAAAUGUUCUGGGAGGUGUUUGGCGAGCUUUCUCAUGAUCAAAAGAAAGCCUUCCUUUUAUUCCUGACUGGUUGUGGUCGUGUGCCAAUCUUGGGAAUGGACCAGAUCCAGAUGAUCAUACGUGUCAGGCACAAAUCAUCUCAAAACCAUUUUCCAGAAUCCCUGACGUGUCAUGGGAUCCUGUAUCUUCCCAUGUACCAGUCCAAAGAGAGACUCCAGACUCAGCUCACUGAGGCUCUGAAGCACAACAGAGGCUUCUGGAAAGAAUGAGGAACUAAUUCCUUAGGUGGUGUCUUGCAUUGUUCGUAUAUCACAGACAUCUUAUUGAAAGCCAUUCCAUAAAUGUAGACUCUUAAAAGAAGUGUUAUAUUGACUAAAUCAUCCUAUUACAUUACUCACAUGCAUGUGCUUUUUCUGUAAUUAUCAUUUAGUUGCGUUUUUAUCUUUUUUCCUUUACAUGAUUUAGGAUUCCCUGAUUGCAUUGAGACAGCUCUAUAGUCUGAUGUAUUUCAACACGAAUGAAAGGAGAAGAUAGAGCUACAUAUAUCAGAAGAUUGUGUUCAUUUGUGACUUAGAUAUGGCCUUACACACUGCAGCCAGACAAAUAAUUUGACCUAUACAUCGUUAGCAUUAACCUACAGUACACUACUUUCCGAUGUUUUGCCUGUUGUGUGUCUGAAGAGAGGCAUAUGCAUCAACAUUAUGAUACAAUAAAAGCCUGAUGUUCCUGUUUUCCACUA